AAACAAUAAACCAAGUGAAUUAGUAAAUAAAUAAAAAAGAAGAGAUAAGAAAAGAUCCAAACAAUCUGUCAAUACUUCACAGUAGUUAACGCGUUGUUUAAAUCCAUUAAACCAUUUUCACCACUGACAGCUGCACACACCAAAGCCCGGGAAAACGCGUCGCCGUUUUUGCCGAAUUGCACUACGUUCACGUUACAGCGUUUUUGCUUUUAAGGAUUUUUUUCGGUAAAAAAGGAAGCAAACGGCGGCUUGGGCACGCUUAAUAAGAAUUUUCGAAUCGUCUCGACUCCGGAAUUAGUUUUGCAUUGUUCGCCCAACUUUUAUUGAUGAGAGUGAGACGCAGCGCAGGGAGUACUUUCGGGACGACGCACAUGAAAAGUAUAACAUGGAAGACAUAGAAUAUCUCGACGAGUACAAAGACUUGGUGCUGCCAGGAAUAAAAAUCGGCGAUGUGCGGCAGUCUGGCGGCGCCCGGCGGCGUCGAAUUUCGUCAGACUCUAGCAACUCGUCUUCCCUCGAUGCGGACAUCUUCCAAAAGCUGUUUCUAGACAAGUCCGUGGACGACGAACUGCUUAAUCUCCACGAAGGCACAGGCUCUAAGUCACACAGCAGGCGUCACCGUUCCCCUUCCUCCAGCGAUGACUCCAAUGACGCUCUGGACGCACUGUUCAACCGGAAGCUCAAAACGAAGCCAACCAAGCGUCGGGAACGCUUCUCGUCGUUUGAUUCCGUGGACGACUUGGGCCAAGCACUAAUGCGUUCAACCCAGCGAUUGACUGUACCCAAGUCCAGCACUUCGCAGGCGAGAGCGAGAAAGUCACACAGUGAUGCUUUAUACAGGAGCAGCAGCAGCAGCAACAGCAGCGACCGCGGAAAGUCAUCCAACAGAAGGUCGAAGCCGGCGGUGGCCUCGUCGUCCGGCAAGGGUGCCGCUGCUGCUGUUUCUAGUCUUACUGGAAAGUACAAGAAUCCGAGCAAGCCGAACUCUGUGAACGGGAGUAGCAACGCCGGUAAGGGAAAGGCGGUAACCAUCUUGAAGGCCCAGAAGACAGACCUGAAGCCGCCAAAGCAUGAGCCAAAAACGGACCCCUUAAAUCUUACAGAGUUCUUUGAGGAUACCGACAGCGAUUCGUCGUACACAUACGAGUCUGACUUCUUCGACGAUCACGACUCUGCGGAUGAUGACGCCGAGCCUGUCAUUGACAUAUCAACGGACACGAGCCGGACCACGUCGGUGGCGGACACUGUGACACCUGUUGUUUCCGACGACGAUGGCCAGGAGCCGCAGCGGGAGCAGGAUGAGGAGAAUGAGCAGAAUGGGCAGAAAGAGAGGAGUCAGUCGUCGAUAUUGAACAGCGUCAGUGAGCGCUUGCAGUCCUAUUUGAAUAAUCUCAGUUGCGCUGAGGCGCCACCGAUUUAUAAGAAACAGAGUUUUGCUAAAAAAUCCCGUUCCUCCGAAAAGAAACCAUCUUCCUCCGAACAGGUUAAGCAUGCAAAAGAGCGAUCAGCGGCCAGUGGCAAAGUGCAGGAGGAGAAGGAAAAGGAGCGCGACCAGGAUCGUGAGUCAACAAAGGCCAGCGGCAGCUCACACUCCUCACCUACUAAAUCUGCAGGGCGCAGCACAAACUCCUUGGAGGAAAAAUCCAGUGCCAGUGCCAGUCGAAAAUUGUUUGAAGUGGAUGAUGGCCUUACUUUAGAGACGCUGCAGCGUAUGACUCAGGACCUGGCUGAGCAGAUAUUGGAGAUCGAUGUAGAACGCUCGGUCGAGUAUCAAAAGCGCUCCGGCUCUAAGCAUCGCAGCAGAUCUAGGUCCAAAAUCUCUGGGGAGCCGGGAACCGCCUCCAAUAUGGUAUCUGGUCACGUCCGCAAGCUCACUUACUCCAGCGAACGGCUUGACAAUGGCUGCGAACCAUUUGGCACCGAAUUGCGAAGGUCAAAGAGUGAGUCAGCAUUUCCGAAGCGUGGAAGCUCCAAAGGAGAAAAGGAGCGGAAGACGCGAGCUGCGACUACGGAGGAUAAUGUGCUCAGUAGUGCCAAGGAAGGAGACGGAGAAGUCCAAGUGCCGGUCAAGAAAAAACGAGGCAGACCCCGUAAAAAUCAAUACAAUCCGAAGACACUGGAAAAUGCAAAAAGCACAGAAAGUGUUCUGGAACUGGCCAAAGAUCAGGAGGUUUCAGUGGAAAAGAGCGCAUUAGAAGCAAUCAAGAAGCAGGAUUUGCAGGGACAGCAGGAGGCUGUAUUAAAUUCAGAGUUAGAGAAAGCCAAAGAGUUUGCAGGAUUUGCACCCAAAGACGAUAUUAGAAAGUCAUUAUGCCACCAAGAAACGGAUCUCAAAAGUGCCCUAGACAAGAACUCUGCCUCAGAUGAAGAAGCUGCUCGGAAUCUCAAAAAGGAACCACACCCUAUAGUGGACACAUCAACCGAAUCGUUUGACACCGCUAUGGAUACCGGCGAAAUAACCGAAAGUGUAACCCGGCUUAAAAAACCAGACAAUAACGAGACUCAACCACAACCAGAGAAAACUCAGGACGAUCAUAGCAAUGAUGCUAUGGCCAUAAAGUACCUGGAGGAAAUAGAAAAUGCUAUUGAAACUGCGGGGGAAAUUGCGAUGACGCCCGAACUCGCCGAUGCUUUGGAUGCCUCUGCCAAUGUGCAGGCUACGCCAGUAGCAGGACAUAUUCUGGAGGAGAGUGAUUCUCAGCUAGCUGAGGAUAUUAAAUUGGCGGAAGAGAUCUUAGCUGCUGAAGUGGGCAAAGGCAUUGAAGUCUCUGAGGCUGACACGGCAACAGUAGUUGGCGAUCAAAAUCCUGUAAUUGAUAUUGUCAAGGAAUUGGAGCAGGAGACUAUAACGGAGGUUGUUGGUAGCUCUGAAGAGCCAUCUUCACCUAAAGAACUAUACGAAACUAGGGAGAAAUCCCCAAUUAAAGAGAAAUCUCCAGCUAAAUGUCAAUCCCCAGAUAAAUGUCAAUCCCCAGCUAAAGGACAAUCCCCAGCUAAAACACAAUUCCCAGCUAAAGAACAAUCUCUUGCUAAGGGACUUUUCACUGUGAAGCAAUCCCCGUUUAAGAGUCAAUCUCCAGCUAAAGGCGCCCGUAAAUGUCCACCUACAAAUGAUGAACAGUCUUUGGAAAAAUCGCAACCGACAGCUACCGGAUAUGCCGAAGUUCAAGGAUCCUUCAUUGAUCAAGACAAUCCGGAAACAGAGGUGAAAUCUCCUGUUAUUGAGGGUCAGGUAUCCAAAAAAGAGUCUUUGACAGAUACCGAAAAUCCCUCGAGAUUCGAUACUCCAACUAAGAAGUCAAAUCCCUCCUCACCAGCUAAAUUUAAGGAUUUGGAAGAAGCUAUGGGAAGUUCGGCUGCCCGCAGAACUCUUCGAUCGGAUAAACCAGAAUCAAAAGAGGAAACCCCGGAGACCACUCCAAUUAAGCACACAUCACGCAAGAGCCGUGGCAAACUGUCCCUAAAAAGUGAACUUACUCUACUCAAAGAUGAUUCAAGGCGUAGCAGUCCAAGGUUAGGAAGGUCGCCAGCUGAAAGCCAUUCCUCCCAGGAACGCUCCAAGUUGGCAAACGAAAUUUCCAUUAAGGAGAAUAAAUCGACUACAGUUGAGAUUGAGCCGAAGGAUGAGAUUGUGGUGGAAGCCAGCAACCCAGUGAUAGAUGUACCAAUGACAGAUAGUACAGUUUUGGCUGAAGAAAAGCCAAGUUCUGAUGAGACUGAUGAGAAUAAGGGGAAGCCCUUAAAGAAAAGAGGCAAAAAUAAGAAAGUUAUAGCCAAACCUACCGAAGAAUUUCCACAGACUUCUAAAUUAAUUAACGAGCAACCGGGAUCCACGGAACCAGAGCAAAAGAAUGAGCCAGUAGAUAAUGAAGCUGAUAAUACUUCGGAGUUGCCCGCAGACCAAUCAAAAGUAAGCGAAUCCCAAGUGGAAAAUUCUGACUCGGAAAAAAUUGAUCAAAAACCGUCCAGUUCAAGAAAGUCUAGGUCUCGCAGAUCGCGGUGGGAACUAGACAAACUGGAAAGCAAUUCUGCCACCGAAAGUUCAGAAGUCGAAAGGGAGAAAAUUCAAUUGAGGACGAGCAGGAGGGGAAGCGAUUCCGCAAGCAAAAGGGAACCAAGUAAAGUCAGCCGCGGAGAAACGGAGUCAUCACCAACUCCUGCCAACCCUCAUUCCUCCAGGGGCAGAAGAAAGACACCAUCCAAAUAUGAUAAAGCUGAAGAGAAGGAAAGUUCUAAGGACAGAAGUAUCAAAUCUAAAAGUGAGACUUCCUUACGGGGAAAAAAUCGUAAGGGUAAAUUUGUGAGCGACAUUCGAGUGGACGACAGCUCAGAUCAAACAGAAACGGAGCCUGAAAAGCAAUUGACAAAAUCCAGGUCAAGAAAAAUGAAUCCGACGACGGAUAGUAAAGCAGUUUCCAACAGCGAUGAUCAGGAUCCUAUUGCAAAAGUAAAGCCAACAAAAGGUAAAAGCAAAGGAGAUAACAAACCCAAAGAGAACAUCAACACUAAAUCUGGUGAAGAUGUGAAUGUUGAAACGGUAACCAUUGAACCUAUGUCCUCCGGUAAAAUGUUGCCGCUAUCCCCUUCUAAGGCUGAGACGGCUGAAGUAAAAGAUAAAGCCAGCGUGUCAGGAGUUAAACGUAGAGGGACUAGAAAACGCAGGCAAGCUGUUUCCGUUGACGACUCUGAAUACGAACAAAUAGAUUCGCCCUCCGAAACGGUACCAUUGUCCACCAUUCUGGAUGGCGCCGGAACCGCGGCGAAAACACCAAUAAAAGCAGGAGACAGAAACAAAUCGCCAACCUCAAAAAGCGAAAAGAUGCUGGAAACAGAGCCUAUACCACCACCGACUACUAGUGAGGAAUCUGGAAAAGAAGCGGUAGCCUCUGGAGCCCAGGGAAAAUCAAAGAAAAACAAACGUAAAGCUACAGCACCGAUCUCAGCUUCAGCCACAGUCUCUAAAGAAUCAGUUCCGAUAACAACUCCAUUGGAACCUACCUCUCAAAAUCCAGCGACAGUGGAAUCUGCCCAAACGGAUGCAAAAAACACUAGCCUCCAUAGUCCUUCAAAACUCAAAGAUAAUGCCUCCGCAGAGGCUAGUGAAUCAAAAGUCAUGCCAAAGACUCCCAGUACUUCACUGUACUGUCGCAAGCUUCGUGUUCUGGUUAAAAGAACUCCUACUACCAAUUUGAUCAGUAAAGGUUCAUUUGUCGGCCGAAAGGGGACUUCAAAUAAGCGAAAGAAUUUAAAUAAGAUGCUAGAGAGCAUAGAAGAAGGUACAGUCUCUGAUCUGGUCGUUACUCAAAAUAUGCCUAACUCGAAGUCCCAGCCAGUCUGCGAAUCUGAUUCCGUGCCCGAUCCUGUUGAAGGAAGAGUUUCUAAGGAAGCAACAGACGAAUCGACAUGCGACGUUUUAAACAAUAUUCCUAAUAAAGCGAUGGAUGAUGUUAUAGAAGAAGUUCCUAUGAAGACAGCGCCAAAAAAAGUGAUUGAAAUUCUGGAGAACCUAGAAAAUAUAUCUCAGGAGCAAGAUAUUGACAAACCCGAUGAAACAGUCUCUGAGAAUUCUACUGACAAUGCCACAACUACAGACGCUUCUGUUGUGCAGAACAACGAGAACGAAACCCAUAAUCCAUCAGGCACGGAUGAACUGUUAAAAGAGGAUAUCCCUAGGAAGGAAAGCCACGAAGAGCAGGAAAUCCACGAAAAGGAGGAAGCCCACGAAGUGGAGGAAGCUUGUCAAGUCGAGGAUACUUCUAAAGGCAAAGAAACUCUUGAAGACGGGGAAACAUCCAUAGAUGUGGAAACUCACUUGGACGAGGAAACUCUUAACGAUGAAGAAGCCCCUGGAGAUGAAUGCGCAAAAGAAGAUUUAGAACCUUCAGAAGAACCGCUUACGGAGAACAGCACAGAUCCAGACUCAUUAGCCAAGGAGAUCCCCACCGACGAACCCGAAAAUUCUCCAGCUGAAUCCUCUGCAAGCCCAACUCCUGAUCCACAGGAAACAGAAACAACAGGUGUCACCGUCGUCGCCCCCGAAGCCAGCACAAGCAGCAGGGUGAAGCGCAGUAUGCGCAAGCGGGAAGCGGAUUCCACAGAGCCAGAUGACGCUGCCAAACUAAAGCUGAGCAUUGCGGCGAAGUCGAGCGUUGAGAAAAGAAGGGAACUUCUUAAAAAUGCACGCCGCCGUUAUCAAGCGGGAGAAAAGGACCAUCCAGCCCUCAAACGCGCGAAAACUGCUCCUGCGGUUUCGAAGCCCAGUGAGAGGGGCAAGAAAAUAUCUAUGAUAGGCAAUGAAACCAUCAUGACUCCAUUAAAUGAAAUAAGAAGUGAGCAGCCCCAGACAUCGCAAGCGGCAAAGAGGACUGGUGCCGCAGCGAAAGGACCCAACUACGCGGAGAUCACGAAAACUGUUAACAUACCAGGCAAAAAACCGGUCGAUAACAAGCCACUAGUAAGCCCGACAAAGAGGCCUUUGGUACAGACCUUGCUGAGUUCCACUCUCAAUCUCCGUAAGCCCUUGCCGGAAGAGAGUUCGACUUCGGCUUCGACUCAGAAUUCGGCAUCGGGUUCGGGUGUUCCAGGCAGAAAGUCUCUGGCCAAGGCUGAAGUCGAGGGGAGCAAGGCCAAGAGCCAGCUGACCCUCAACAGCUCCCUUGUACUUACAAAGAAAACCGUGCUGCCAGCCAGUAAGAAAAAUGAAUCUCCCACCAAAGAAGAUAAAUCGGCGUCGAUAUCUCACAGAAAGGUGAAUAUAUCGGUUUCACUGGUACCUUCGAAGGACAAUUUAGCAAAUACUUCCUUGAAUAAAUCUCUGGAGACAUCACCAGUUUUGCCCCGAAAAGUACAGUUGGUGGAGACACAAAAGACCUCCCGAAAAUCCGAGGCCAAAAAGAAGGAUGACCAACAGGGGCCGGAACCAGAGACUCCAACUUUAUUGUCCAUGGAUAAAAACAAACCGAAAGUGAUUCCAAAAUCGGCAUUGGCUGUUGACAAUUCAGCAAAGAAAAUUGAUUCUCCAGCUGUGCCUGCCAGAAAGUCGAUCCAAGUGGAGACGCCAAAGAAGACAGAAACCAGAAAGUCGGAGGGUCAAUCAUCGAACUCUCGCAAGGCUCCACUAAAAGCGGAUGGUUCCAGGAAAAUUGAGACCCGAAAAUCUGAGGGAACUUCACUUACUCGAAAGGUGCUGGGAAGUGUGGUUAAGGAAUCAGAGCCCCAAAAAUCUGCAGAAAUUGCCAAGUCCUUGGAAUCUGCGGAUGCUCCAGUCGCCGAGGAAGUAGCAGUGGUCAAGGGUCGCGAGACAGCAAAUAAAGCCAUAGGGGAGCAGAGCAAAGAGUCUAGUGCCACACCUCGCAUGGAGAAACCUACAGUGGCCGUGACUCCGCGCACCGUAAACCUUGCCAAGUCGAUGCACAUGACCCGAGCUGCCAGCAGCAGCAGAUCCCUGGCUCCAACACCAAUUCCUAAGAAAGAAGAACAACGGACUGCUUCCAAAGAAAGUCUGUCUUUAUCAUCAACUCAAACGCGACCAGAGCCCACACGGUCAUUGGGACAGGUAAGGCGUAAAAAAGGGCGAUUCGCGCGAGCACCUGCUCCAAAAAGAAAGGCUGUUGAUGCAGCGGAAGCGAGCGAUUCUAAGCGAGCCAAAGAGGAGCAACAGCAGUUACAAGAAGGUCCUGACCAGGAAAGUCGGUUCAUGGCAUUUCCAGUGAAGAUAACAGCUGCCGGUUUGGCUAAGCAAGUAGAUCCACUAACAAGCUCAAAGCCAGCUUCCCAAAAACAAGCCGUGCCGAACCCACCAGUCCAGGAAGUAAAGCAUCGCAAACUUCGCAUUAAAAUCAAUCGGCAUGUUGUCACCCAAUGGCUGAAGGACCAACGGGCCAAGAAGCAGGCAUUGCCUCGAGAAGCACCUGCGCCUGCAGACGAUGUGGCUUCUGACACAGAGUCGGCGGCGGAAUCAAUGACAGGAUCGAUCAAUUGUUCUCGUACAGAACCGCCAACAGCUGUUUUGAUGCGUCCAGUACCCCCAUUGGUGCCGAUUCAAGGUCUUGUGGUCCCUCGGGUUGUUGCAGAAGAAGCUGCAGACCAAACAAUUCUUGAAGAGGAUUCGGUAACCUCUGCUCCGAUACCACCUGAUCCUGAACCUCCUGCUCCUGUACUACUGGCUCCUGUACCAACUGCUCCGGCAUCACCUCCUCAGGCACCACCUGCUUCGGUACCUCCUUCCCUUUCUGCACCCGUGCCAGCUACGAUAGCAGUAAAAACACCGGAUAUUCCCCCGAUGGCUGAAGCAAAAGAGCCUGACGAAGUGAAUGAUUUGGAGAAUGCCAGGAGGCUUACCGCUUUAAGGAACGUUCAGAUGAAUACCACCCUACCAAUGCCACUACCAGUACCCAUCGCAGUGGCGGAAGUGAAAUCAGAGCCAGAAGAUGAUCCGCCGCAGCCCAUGGAAGUGGAUUUUCAAGAGGCACAGCCCCAAGUUAUUGCACCUGCACCUAUACCGCAAGCACCACUGUUCGCAGAGAGUACACCGACGGUGGCCGCCUCCUCACGCCAAGUCAUCAGUGUCAUAAGUGCCCCUAGUCCUGUCGACCGUCCUGCUCCAAUUGAUAUUCCAUCGGCAAGCGCCCCCGGCAGUAACGCAAACUCGUUUGGCCACACUAAGAUGUUUUCGUUCCUUUACCCGAAUCGCCAUUCUGGAAAUUACGGCGAAGUGGGCCUCGAUUUUUGCUGCCCCAAUCUGGAGGGACCAAUGGCGGCCAUUGAUCCGACGCGCCUUCAUGCCAAGGUCGAGGCGCCAGUACUGGAAAUGCCGCAGUUUCUAGUCAUCACUACAAAGUUCAUCUCCAAGGCGGACAAGAAUAUCCCGAAUAAGGUACGAGCGAAGCUGGAGCUGCUGGGCAAAGAUAAGGAGCUAAGUUCCAGUGAUCCUCCGGCUUUGACUGCUUCGGCAUUGUCCGAUCCGACACCGCAGAGUGUGCCUUCAGCUCCUCCCCCUCAACAGAGCUUGCCGCUUCCAUCUGCCCCACCAACUGCAGCAUCCUCCAGUACACAUACACCUGUUCCUGCGUCAUCCAUCGACUCGCUGACCAAGCAGUUGCCCCGCGGAACAACACUGACCAAGAAGGUUCAUCCUCCUGGGGCAUCAGGACCACCAACGGCCAGCGACUCAAUAGCGGCUAGUCUGCCGCUGUCACUCAUCCAAUUGCCGUCACUCUGCCCAACGGACCAGCAGCGAACAGAGCUACAGGCGAAGGUUCAGGUGUUUGAUUUGGUUCUUCAAGCUCUUAGUCGGCGAGUAGCCAAUUUAACGGUUGCCGAGCGACAGCGCACCAUCGAGGAAAUUGUGACAACCAGCACCUUAAUGCCAAUCGAUGUAGAUGUGGGCACCAAACUGCUGGAGAACUAUGUGCACUACCUGAACAAGGCCACCAGCAGCACUCCAGUGCCUUCAAUCCCGCCAGAGGUUCGAGCAAGAUCCGGGAUUUCUCCAGCAACUCCCAUUGUGGCCCAGAUCCCACCAAGCGUCGCAACCAGCAGCAAUCCAUCAUUAUCUCAAAACAUCGUGAGCUCUGGGACACCCACUGCCUCGCCGCAACCAGACACAAGAGUGAUCAAAAAGCCCGUGUUUGAUGUGCAAAAGAAUAUCAUUGGUUUCAAGUCCGUCACAUCCCCGAAUGUUAAAUCCGCUGUUUCGACUCCCGGACGAAAUGUAGCUCCUGGUCCUGCUCCCCCGCCCACCAGCACUCCGCUGGCUGCAUCUACAUCGUCAGCGGCUGCGGCUGCGAGCGCAGGAUCUCGAUUUGUGGAAAUGGACAGAAAAUCCGUAAAGGAAUGUCAACGACAGAUGCUCAAAUUGAAGUCUCCGGCACAGAAAUCGGCAGCAAAAGGAAGUAUUAUUGCGAUUAAGCCUGGAUCCAAAGCCAAGCCAACAAAAAAGACUGUGGGCAGCAAGGCAGAACCACCUGCUGCUAACCGGGGGCCUUCUAUCCAAGGCCCGGCUACCAGAGACCCUGCUAACCAAGGGCCGGCCAGUAAGACGCAAGCUUUGCGAGGCCCGCCGCCUCUAAAACCAUUUCCGGGCGCAGCUCGCAGCGCUAGCUCAGGAACUAUAGCGGCACCAAGCUUAACUUGUACGGCCAACCCGAAUGUGUUUAUAAUUAAUCAAGCCCCGCAUAUGGAGGAGAGCAUUCUGCCCGACUCAAACAACGUGGUGGCACCCAUGGAGGCGGAAAUCAAGGGUGAACUAGAUGACUGCAUUGAGGCGAUUACAUAACGACACAGCAAAUCUUGAAUUAUAUUGAAAGUAUUUUAAGUUACUUUAACAAAGUUAAAAGCUAAUAAUUAAUUGUUUCGUUGAACGCAAGACCAGAAUUUGGUAAUUCUAUAAUGAAGAAUUUGUUAAACCAUUCGCACCAUUGUGUAAUAUGUAUUUCGGGAAAUAAAUGGAUAAUGUAGAAUUUA